GAGUUAAGUGACAGAAACAGGAGCUAACGGCUGUUUUUGUUUUGUGUGGUUGACAGAAACUCCGCGAGACGUCUUGUCCCCGUUACUGCGCUGACGUUUAAACUGGAAUUUUAAUUCAACUGACUGGCAAGACAGCGACCAUGGGUGCCGGUUCAAGCACCGAGGCCGAAAGGGAGCCACUUCUCGUCCCUUCUCAUGCGGAGGCAAUCAGUCAACCAGUAAACAGCAGAGUGUACGGGAGAAGAUGGCUGGUCCUGACCCAGUUUUCCUUGCUGGCGCUCAUGCAGGGGAUGGUGUGGAACUUUUGGGGUCCCAUCCAGAACUCGGCCGUUCACGCCUUCGGUUUCACCAAGUCCGACAUCGCAGUUCUGGUUCUGUGGGGCCCACUGGGCUUCGUCCCCUGGCUGCUGUUUAUGUGGUUAAUGGAUAAAAAAGGUUUGCGGGCAUCCCUCCUCCUCUCUGCCUUCUUCAUGCUGCUAGGAGCAGCUCUGCGGAGCAUCCCACUGACAGAGCAGCCUCUCAGACGAUGGUUAAUACAUGGAGGUCAGUUUCUGAAUGGUUUAGCCGGCCCAACCAUAAUGAGUGCUGGCCCCUACCUCUCCACCACAUGGUUUGCUCCUGAUCAGAGGGCCACCGCAACAGCUGUGGCCUCACUCUUCUCCUACCUGGGGGGUGCUGCUUCAUUUGUAGUAGGACCUCUGGUAGUGCCAGCCCCUAAUGACACACAGGCAGUAACCACGAUGGCAGCAGCAGCAAUUUCCGAUAUCUCUAUCCAAGACAGGAUCCAGCUGGUUAUGUAUGCAGAGUUGACUGCAAUAGCUGUGCUUUUUGCGGCAAUCCUGCUCUAUUUCCCAUCACGCCCACCGAUGCCUCCCAGUGUGGCUGCAGCAAGCCAGAGACUCAGUUACAGAAGCAGCAUCUGCCGACUUCUUAGAAACUUGCGGUUCCUGAUGAUAGCGCUGGCCUAUGCUGUCCCCACAGGAGUGAUUGCUGGUUGGGCGGGAGUCCUUGACAUGGUCCUUACACCAGCCAAAGUCAGUCAGGUAGAUGCAGGUUGGAUUGGUUUUUGGUCAACUGUCGGUGGGUGUGUGUUUGGAGUGGCAAUGGCUAGGUUUGCAGACUCUAUUCGGGGGAUGCUGAAGCUGAUCCUGGUGCUGAUGCUAGCUGGAGCCUCACUGUCCUCUACUUGGUUCACACUCACCUGUCUGAGCAGAGUCACUCACCUGCCCUCCACUGCAGCCAUCCUGUACACUUCUUGCAUCCUAGUGGGCAUUUUUAUCAACAGCAGUGUGCCAAUUUUCUUUGAGCUUUUUAUCGAGACAGUUUAUCCAGUCCCUGAAGGCAUCACCUGUGGAGUGGUCACUUUCUUGGGGAACCUGGUCACUGGCCUGCUCCUCUUCUUCCUCACCUUUUACUGUACAGAACUGUCAUGGCUAAACUGGUGUCUAACAGGCUCCUGUCUCUUCAGUCUUGUCCUCAUCCUCUUCUUCAGGGAGUCAUACGACCGCCUCUACCUGGAUGUCUUUGUCUCCGUGUGACACUGCAGAGGACAAAAACAAGACAACUUAAUAACCAAGGGACUAAAUAAAUUAUUCUUGCACAAAGGAGAGGAGAAAAGGGAGAUGAGGGGAAAGUGGAAACCCCACACUCUUUUAAGAAAUAAGAUUUUAGUUUGUAAAUGUAUAUGUGUAUUGUAUGGCUGCUGAGAAGAACCACAAAGCGAUUCUACAUCAGUGUUUACUCUUUAUACAUAUUCGACUCAAUGCCAUAUGACUGUCUAACACAUCAUUACCUGUUUUUAUGUUUGUGUUUGUAUGUAAUUUUUUUAAAACCAGGCACAACAUGAUGGACUGUUAGUUGUUGUUGCUAACAGAUGAUGUAAUAUUUUAAGUUAUUCUCAGUGUGGCUUCUCCAUUCACCUUCCCAGUGUGGCUUCUCCAUUUUAUCAUCUCUAAAAUAAGCUGGACACUGUCAAAGCUCACAAGUUGGAUGUCAAGUGUUGUCCUCUAAUGAGGAAAUGAGGGAUGAGACAGCUUCAUCAGCCAAUCACAGCCUGGCUGUGCUGGCGUAACACUCUUAAGUGACCUGUGAAACUGCCUGUCAUUGAGAGGCAGAUACUUAUGUUUUAUCACCUUCUCAAGACAAAUAUGCAAAACCUAUCUAGAUUGAUGAUUUGAUGCUGGCUAGAGAUGUGCACUGGGAUUGGAUAAGCCUGCGUUUUUUUUCCCACCAAUGAACUGUCCAUGUGGAGCUGUUACACCCUCACACUACAGAUGUUAUUCAGCCAACUUAAUUGUGUCAAUUUCUGGAAGAUUUACUUUUUAAUCUAAGUGAAUAAUGUUAAUUACUUUUAUUUUUUUCAACAAUUUUUAAUCAUCAGUUUUCCUCAGCAACCUGCCAGUAUUUAUUGGAAAUGUCAUCCUGGUCCAAACAUCCUAUGUCACAGAAACAUAUGAGGAUUACAUUGCAUUGUAAUUGCCAAGCUGCCCCUCCUCCAAAAGCACCAGCAGGUGUCACCAGCUCCAAGUCUAGAUAGACAUAUUAAUAAAGAAACACAUAAGGGCAAACGAAAAACAUCUGUCACUUAUAGACAAACAUUUUCUCUAACUUGUCCAUGACAUUUUUGUGUCUGUCUUUUGCAUAGUAGCUACAAGUGUUUCAUUUCCUGUGGGUUUUGAGAAGGCUCUGUAAUGUGUUUCCUGGUGCUUGUUUUUUUUUUUUUUUUUUUUACUCUCCCUGUACAGAAAAGGUUGUCUUUUACCUUUUGACGUGUUGCCUUAAUUGCCCAGUGCAGUGCGUUCAGUCUCCCUCUCUUCCACACUGUGACUAUUUUGUCUGUAUAUAUUGUUAAAGAUUAUGUUCUUCUGUUCAGCAUGUCACACUCCUGGGCUUUGGGUUCUAAAUGUCCUUGUUCUGUGGAAAGGAGAAAGAACUAAUGUGACUCAAUCAAUAUUUCCAGCACCUUAUUAAAAAGAACAUUUUAAAAAUAA